AUGACAACUGCUCCCUCUUCCCAGAAACUUCUGGUGCCUGGUACCAGUGGCGGUGAAGAACAAGAACAACAAAGUCAUGAUAGAGAAAGAAGCUUCGAAAGAUACAGAGAGAUCAUAUCAACCCUUCCAAAAGAAAAGGGAUGGACUACGGAGCAUUUGUAUCAAUACCAAGGCUGUUGGUACCGUACCACAUCUGGCAUCCAAGGAGUAAUAUGGAUGCAAGAACACUUCAAGCCACGACCUGCAGAUGUUCUUUUAGUCACGCCUCCGAAAUCAGGUACAACAUGGUUUAAAGCUCUCCUGUUUGCUAUCAUGAACAGAACCCAGUUUAAUACUUCAACACACCCUUUGCUUACCACUAGUCCUCAUGAACUUGUUCCCUUCAUGGAAAUGUUUUUGCACAUGAAUAUCCCAUUCCCAGACCCAGAUCCACUUUCUCCUCCUCGACUCUUCCACACCCACACUCCAUUUACUUCAUUACCCCAAUCUGUCAUAGACUCUCAAUGUCGAAUUGUCUAUGUUUCCCGAAAUCCAAAAGAUGUGUUUGUUUCUUUCUAUUGCUUUCUGCAGGGAGACAACAACUCUGCAAUACGUCUCUCGUUUGAAGAGGCGUUUGAACAGUACUGUAAAGGAUUUUCUCCAUACGGACCCUUCUGGGAUCAUAUACUAGGGUAUUGGAAGGCAAACUCAAAAUGGCCAGAGAGGGUACUCUUAUUGAAAUAUGAAGAUAUGAAGAGGGAUUCCUCAUUUCAUCUCAAGAGGAUAGCAGAGUUCAUCGGUCAACCCUUCUCUUCAGAGGAAGAAAAACAGGGUUUGGUGCAUGAAAUUAUAAAAUUGUGUAGUUUUGAGAGUCUAAGUAAUAUGCAGGUUAACAAGACUGGAACCUUCCGAGCAGGCUACCUGACCGUGGAUAAGAAUUCGUUCUUUAGGAAAGGUGAGGUUGGAGACUGGAAGAAUCAUCUUACAGCAGAGAUGGCCGAGCGCCUGGACAAGAUCAUUGAGCGAAAUUUGGAUGGUUGUGAUUUCUCAUUCGAUGAUUCCAAGGACACAUGA